AUGAACAAACAAAGACUCCUGCUCGUGCUUCUGAUACUUUCCACAGCGACUUUGGCGAGAUGCGGCUUGCUGGAAAUGUCCCAGAUGCUGUGGACCAAAACGGUGUCCGGAGCCCCGACGAAGAUCGGCAAGCUGGACCCGUUGAGGGUACCGUUGAUCAAGGUGAAUCAAUCCGAGGACGACAUCAGCUACAGAAUAAUUUUGAGGAACUUGGAGAUCGUCGGUCUCAACGAGUCCACUUUGGAAAGCAUCCACGUAGCUCGUGGUAGGCUGAAGUCGAAUUUGAGCGAGGUCGAGGCCGGUUACGUGAGUUACAGCGACCUCAGAGACGUGGAGUCCGUCAGAUAUCGGUUCCACACCAUGAUGAGAGAAGGCAACCCGCCAAAAGAGAGCUUUGCGACCGUAUCGUCGAGUCAAGCCGCCGGGACUUCUUCGCGUUACCAAGAGAGUCGCGUCGGCAGGUUGCAGCAGGAUCAGCACGGAUUCAGGACGGUCGAGCAGACUCGGCAGUACGACAGGACAGCAUUCUCUCGUCCUGACGCAAUGCCCGACGGACCUCACAGAGGCGGUCUGAGAACAAGCGGAUCAGACUCGAAGGCAUAUACCGGACAUUUCGCGAGUUCUCAACGGCCGGCUUACGUUCAGCCGAUUUACACGCAGCAGCCGGAGGAUUUCCACAGUUAUCAGAGCAGUUCGCGGGAUAGCGAGGACACAGUCGACUGCGACGACGUGCGGGAUUACCAAUACCGAGGUGGUCUGAAAAGCAAUCGGCAGUAUGAGCGACAAGGCGCCGAUAGCAGACGCUAUGGGGAGCGAACCGACGAUAUGAAGGUUUCCGCGUCGGAAGAGAUCGAGACUGAGUCGAAAGAUCGCAGUGAUGCAAGAGCGCCCGCUUUGUAUAACAGAGAGCAGCUUGUGCGAUCGAACUUUACGGGAGAUCCUAGAGCGUCGAAGGAGGAAGCAAGGCGGCAAUUAAGCGGUUACGUCCACAUCGUUUACACGGGUGACAGAGCUAACGGCAGCAUGAGGCGUUUCGGUAAUUUUGAUGUCGAUCCCAGGGAUGAUCAACGAGUGUACGGUAUCGAAGAUAUCAUGAAGGAUAUUCGAGAGAGCGCGAAAUUCAUCAUCCACAAUUUCACGGAGGGCGAAGCUUUGACGAAGAGAAACGACAUGGUGAAAGCGAAGAUAGAAGCUAAGGACUCGCGAGACUCGAUAAGGUACGCGAAGGGCCAUCAGGAGCAGCAGGGUUACUUCGAGGAAGGGAUGCAAUUGAUUUAUCAUUACGGCAUGAUGAACGACAGCGCUUCACGAGACGUGAAAUUCAACGACACUAAGAGAGCGAAACGAGCACAUUCCGCGGAAGCGACUGAAGACGACGUGAUGCACGUGAUUCUGAGGAUACACGUCCCACUGCUUCACGUGAGAUCGCAGUAUACGCUCAUGGGAAAAGUAGGGGAGGAGAUAUUGCGGGGCAACGGUCUACUCACCGGAAACUUUACUGAUUUGGCAGCCGACUUCACAUUAGAGUUGAAAAGGGUCAACGGGGAAUUGAUGAUCGUUCGCGCCGCUCGUGCAAAACUCUCAGCGAAAGAUCAAGAGAUCUCUCUUCAAGAUAUGGACGAGGAAGGCCCAGUGCGAGCUAUUCUCAAGCACGGUUUAAUAGCUGCAGAGGCAGUCGCCGCAAUGCUCGCCGACGACUUCGCCACGAAGGGGCUUACCGAGAAAACGGCCGACGCGGUCAUCUACAGGAUGUAUCAAGAUUUGCCGGUCAAUUAAGCAAUCCGCUUGAUUGAGCUGCCUCUCAGAGAGAAUUUCGCGCGUGUUCCGCUGACCUAUCGCGCGCGCUUUAUUAUCUCUUUCAUUGCGUGUGCAAUUAUUUAUU